AUCCCCCUCUCCUCUGCGCGCUCUCGCUGUUCCGGGUGCGCGCCCUUUAUGGCAGGUCGCAGCGCGCCCCCGGGUCCUGGUGCUGAAUCCCGGGAUAGGGAGAUAAAUUAGCCGAACAGCCACCUUGUGAGGGAGCAGCGCACUUGGGGCACUUGGACACUGAGGCCCUAAAGGUUCCAGGGAAAGACUACGCGGGGUGAGUCAGUGCUCUUCCUUCACUCCAUCCCCCCCUCCACCCUCCGGGGAGAUGCAGAGAGCAGAGUGAUGCUGCACAAAGGGCUGUACGCGCUGGGGAGGUUGCAGCAUCCUGCAGGAGGAGCGCACUGAGCAGCAGAGACAGGGAGGAGCAUCCACCUGCUGCAAGCACACAGCUCCCUACCACUUGCCCACUGCACAGGGAGGGGGGGAACAGCUCACUCACACAGGGCACAGGGGCACUUACUGAGCCACCAAGGGGGAGGCUGUUCUCUGAGCCAGCCCUGAGCAGGGCGUCACUGAGCCAGCUUGGAUUAGGGCACUACUGAGCCAUCGCACUGGCACCCAGCAGCACCCUUGGUGGGCACCCACUGACCCAUUGACUACUGAGAUACUACAGGGAGUCCCCGAGCCAGAGGACACUAAGUGGUUUAUCGCAGGAGAGGCUGUAACUCUCAUUGAUCCUGCACUGUGUUCAGCCAAUGAGCCUGCCAGCAGCAAGAGAGAAGGAUAAGCGGGCGCAGAGGAGGGCACUUUACUAGUAGCGCUGACCCUGAACACUCCUCCACGCAAGCAGCAAGAGCCACCCCCUGGCAUGUGAGGAUACCUUCAUCUAGAUUUUGCUUGGAGACAGUUCCCAGGCAAUUUAUCGGUGCUGCCCAUUGCUGGAAGAGUUACAAGAAAGAACUCAAAGCCUGCUCAAGAACACCAGAUUAAUUGAUAUAUUACUUGAUUGGAUGGUAAUGCACAGCACGUCUUUACAGCACACACCCUGGGGGCUUCAACAGACAAGGACCCCAUGUUGCAACUCCGCCAUUCCCAGCUCUGAUUAAUGUCAUCAUAAGAAUAAGCUUUAGAGAAGGGGUGAGGCUCCAGGAGGACACGUGAUUGGAACAACAACAUGAGGAUCCUUGACUAAGAAGGCUGGACACAUGCAGUGGGUUAUGGAAUGAGCACCACCCCCGAUAAAUUGAUGGACAGCCAGGAAGAAAAAGAGCCCGCUGCACAAGGAGCCAGCACCCUUCUUAUAAAUGGGAUAAAUGAAAAUGACCUGCAUGAUCCCGAAAAUAAUGUGAAGACCUACAAUGCUGCAGAUGCUGCUGUUAAUUUUCCUGCCUUAACGCAGAAGGAAACCCUUGUUUGUCACAGAGCAUUGCCCCCCAUCAGUUCCAAGGAGCCCUGCUUGCUGAGCCCUCCUUCUCCACUGAGGUUAUCUGAUGCAGCCGAACAUGUUGUCUGUGACCCCUCUGCACAGGCCAUUUCCCUGACAACCUGUGUCACCAAGGGCUUGAGUGCCUGGUCCUUGCCCAACGAAAGUGAGAAAACACAGUUUACCAUCAUGGAGCCUGGGGCAAUAUCUGCACUUACUGGUGACUGUUUGAUGCAACAAAGUCGGACAUGUCUAGGCUGCUUCAUAGAAACAAAAGAUGGUGUUGAACCAGAGCCAGGAGUAAGUCUAAAAAUGGGAGAUAUAAACAGGGACUUUGACACUUGUCCAGUAUCAGACAUUGGGAUUCACUGCAUGAGCACAGGGGAUAAUUUAAAAUAUGGUGAUCAGCUGCUUUCUGACCAGCUCCUUAGCUUUCCUGUUCAUAAGUCACAGGAAGUAGACAAAAGAGACACAGAAAAAUCAUCAGACAGUGACUCCGAGGACCCCACACAAAAAAGCUAUUAUGAUGGUCUGCUGCUGGACAAAUGCAAUGGGGAGGAAGCUCUGCUAACCAACGUAAACCAAGAGUGGGGCUACUUUGAGUCAUUUAUCAGUGAAAGUAAGAUUGAACUUUUAGACUUGUGCUCCAAGAAUGAGCUCUCGGUUAACUUAUUUUCAGAGGAAGAUGUUGAUAAUUACAUGUUUGACGACGACGACUCUACACUGGGUAGUGAUGUAUGCUCUCUAAAAAUCAGAUAUGAGUCGUUUCAGGACAAUGUGAGAGAAAAGACGACUGCCCUCCAAGAGGAUGCCCAGUUCAAUUUUUUCCCAAGUGUCUUUUCUAACUGCACUAAAAGGGAGAGCAAGAGCUCCAGAAAGAAAGCACUGGACCCUUCAAAUUUUAAGCUCGAAGAAGGGGGAAUUUGGGGAGAUGAUGAUGAUGAUGAUGAAGAAGAAGAAGAAGAAGAAGAAAAUGAAGAAGAGGAAGUGAAAUCCAACCUGAAUAAGUCUUGUGGUAGCAUGGAUGUGGUACAGUAUAUUAGCACAAAAAGGAAUCACUUUCUGGAUUCAGUCAAUUCAGCAGAAGAUUCGGGAGAGUACAGCGAUGACAGCUCAUGCAGUGAGUCUUCAUAUGAUGUCCUGGGAGACAUUAAGGACUGUAGCAGGUACUUGUCCCGUGAGCACUCUCAUUCCCUGAUCCAACCAAAUUAUGGUCUUAGAGAAAAGAGAAAAGUCAGGUACAGUGAUGACUAUUUGUAUGACAUGGAUUCCCUGGAGAAUGAGAAAGUUGUAGAGAAGAAGGAAGAAGCUCCUGAUGGCCCCAAAGAAGAAGACGAUGAUGACUGGUGUCCCAAAAAACGAAGGAAAGUUUAUAGAAAGGAGCCCCCAGUUAUUAUAAAAUACAUAAUUAUCAACAGGUUUAAGGGGGAGAAGCAUAUGCUUGUCAAACUUGGCAAGCUUGAUGCCACUGAAACCACAGUUACUCUGAGUGAUGACCAGCUUGGAAAAUAUCAAAAGCUAGCACCCCUGAAGGACUACUGGGUGGAACAUCAAAGGAACGUAUCAGCCAUGCAUGGAAAAAAUAAUCCAGAUGGCUCUGAAAACCCUGUCCCACCCAAAAAGAGAAAAGGGCAGUUGGCAAAUAGACACAGGAUGCAGAGGAUACAAACCAUUGAGCAACCAUUGGUCAGAGAGGGGCUUUCCUCCUAUGAAAACAGACAAGCAUGCAGUAGCAAAGAUGAUGCCAGCCUUAACGACUUGCAUACAUUAGCCAUAGAAAACCCAAGCUGCAUUAAAGGACUGCAUUUAGGCAAUGUGAUUUCAGAUGUUGCUCCAGUGCGGAGCAGAACUUUAGAAAGAGAGCUAAAAAACAAAGAGAGAAAGGUAGUUCGUAGAAUUAAGUUCAAAAGUGAAGCCAGGCUGAAGUGCAAACAGCUGAAACUGGAGCAGGUAGAUGACAUUAAUGCUCAAGAUACAAGUGCAGUCUACCCAACUAUGGAAACUCAAAACUCCACAACUGUUUUAAAAGAGGAAGCAAUUCAUUGUGCAUCAGACAAUGCCCAUCUAUCUCAAUGCCAUGCUGAUAAUGAUACUAAAAAUUCUUCUUUUUUACAAGCCAGCUGCUCUCCCGACAAGCCAGUACCAUCUGCUCACAUUACUACCAAUGUACCCGUUCUCCCUGGAGGCUAUCUGCAGACAUUGUUAGAUGCAUCAGAUUCAUCUAGCAGCACUGGCAUCACAUACUUUUCGCCACAUCCCUUGGGGCAGCACUCACUCAAUGUCAUACAGACAGAAAAACAGUUCAAUUCUCUUCAACUUGCACAGAGCUGCGUUCUUUCACCCCCUUCCGAAUCUGAGCUGCAGCAAUCACCCCAUCACUUAGAUAUGGAACAGAACUUCCCUGAUAUGUGGCAUGGAAAGUCCCCUAGUAGUCAAACCGAGUUCAUUGCAAACCUUAGGGAAGUGUCCAUCAUAUCUGGGGCAUUUACAGGCUCUACAGCUGUAGCUGAUGCAGACAUCACUGCUUCUGGAUAUAGUCAGGUUCAUCCAAAUACCACCAAACAGCUGUACCACAAAACAUAUUUGCCAGAAGGCCAGAUUCAGCAAGACGACUCUUAUCAACCUUGUCAUUAUAGCAAUGGAGAAGGGCGCUUCACUAUACAGAGAGGGACGCUUACCACAGACAAUGGAAGGCUUAUUAGUUUUGACUCAGUAGGCUCAUUGUCUGUUAGUUCCAGUAAUUACAGCUCUUUAAGUUUGAAGUCAUGUGAAAAGGAUGGUGAGGAUGAAAUUAGUGAUGAUUUCCUAGCCCACUGUAGUCCCAAACUUGUCAUACAGCAGAGCAUUGAUGAAAUCACACCGUUAAAAGAGUCCACUGAUCUUCUAGACAUCUCCAAUUUUACCCCUGAUAAAUUCAGGCACUCUUCACUUUCUGAAAUGUCCCCUCCAGAUACCCCUAACCUUUCCCCGCAGAUUGCAGGCCCAGAAGUAAAGUCCGUCACUAACCUAAAGGGCUUCCAGAAUGGCAACCAGGCAGUGAACAAUAGCCCCGAGAAAACCAAGUGGAACUGUACUGUGCAUCCUUCUCAGGAGCAGACCAAUAAUGGUUUUGCACUGAAUAAUCAUCAGUUCCAGUUCCACAUGUUUAAUGAUGAGGAUUCUGUGAGUGUUUUGGAAAAGGGCCCUUGCUUGCCUGCAUUCGAUGAAAGUGCAGGGCCCAUUACCAGCAAUGGCAAAGCAUCAAAGUCUAAAAAGAAAACAGCCAGCAGAAAUGCAGGUGCCAACCAAAGCUCUCCUCCAAAAAGUACCAAGAAAAAAUCCCCCAAAGUUAGCAAAGGUGCAGAUAAAACCCAAGUAAAAGCUCCUCGGCAAGCAGGUCCAAAGUCAUCCAAAAAAGGCAAAAAUGACAAGGGCCAAAGCAGCCGAUCAGGCCAGUUGAACAAUGCACCCCCCACAUCCAAAACUGACAUGCAGCAUUUUGGACCCGGUGCUUCUAAAGCAGGAAAGCAUGCAGCUGGUCAGAACAACUGGGCAUCUAAUAAAAGUGGCAGUGGUGGCUGGCCAAAUUCUAAGAAAGGAAAUGCCAACAAUCUGCUUGAUGAUGACCAAAGGGAGUUUGAAGAACCAUCUAACAUUCUGUCCAACAUUGCAUCUGGCAUGGCUGAUGUUCAAAGGUUCAUGAUGGCCUCCAUGGAGCCUUUUUAUAGUCCUGCUUGCCAUAACAACAUUCCUGAUAUCUUGCUGUCUCCAGAGUCAAACAGCUUGAAACUAAAAACUCUUAAAAUUCUUGCUGGGACCCCACAGGAGUUUAAAAAGAAGGUAAAUGGCAGCUCGGCCGGGGGCACAAAGAAGUCUGCAAACAAGGGCUCAGGUAAGAAGUUAGGGGUGUUUGACCCCAGCUGUCCUCUGGGUUAUGGAGCAAACCUUCACUCCGCCUUUUUUGAUAAGAACUUUGGAAACCUAAGUAUUUUAACCAAUACUGUACCAACUCACAAAAAGUUGUACCGUCAUAAGUCAACAUCGAAAACGUUGAGGGAUGAAAAUUUUAAAGGGAAAAGAAUGGACCAAGCCCAUAAGGACCCUUCGGUCACAGUUGCGUUCGAAAAACUGAGGUAAUGCUGCACCAAAGUGGCUAAAGUAUCUCCUUUUUUGUUCCUCAUUCCUGCUAAGCCUGCCGAUUUCUGUUUUAGUUUCUUUUUAAUUCUCCAAAAUGGCUAAAAGUCUGCAUGAUACGAUCAUUGCCUUGCAAAUACUCAAACAAACAAAAAAAGGCUGUGCAUGUCAUAUGCUAACCAAGCUACCUAUUAUGACUGAUUUCUGACUUGGUCAGGGUUUUACAUUGACUAAAUCUAACAAA